CGUUCACCACCCAGGAUCGCCAGUAUAUAAGGGCGGCCGCAGGCCGGACAGAGACAUCAGAACUCGCUCAGCCAUCUCUGGAGUUGAGUCGCAGAAGUCCUGUGGAGUACGAGCACACACGCCACCGGCCCACCAGCUAUGAAGGUCCUCAUUGUUCUCGCCGUUGCCUGCGCCGCUGCCCACGCCGGUUUCAUCGGUGGUGGCCAUGGGGGCGGAGGAACUUCCAGCCAGCAUCGUUCUCAGGAUAUCUCCGGCGCCUACAGCUUCGGUUACAACGAAAACCACGCCACGGGCGGCACCUCUCGCUGGGAGUCCGGUGACGGCGUGGGCAACAAGAGGGGCUCGUACAGCCUGCGUGGCGCUGACGGCCGCUGGCGUACCGUCAAGUACGUCGCCGAUGGCGCUGGAUUCCGCGCUGCUGUGUCCACCAACGAGCCUGGCACCGCUCCAUCCUCCCCCGCCUCCGCUGGCAUCAACGCGCCGAUCCUCCACGUUCCUGCCGGGCACCAUGAUGGCGGCUACGGAGGUUACGGAGGCUACGGCGGCGCCUACGGAGCCGGAGCGUACGGAGGUGGAGCGUAUCUCGGAGGCGCUGCUUACGGAGCCGGAGCAGGCAUCGGAGCCGGAGCGACUAAGGCGGCCCACGUCUUCGGUGCUGCUAUUCCCGGAACUGGCUUCGGCGGCUUCGGAGGCUACGGUGGCUACGGAGGCUACGGCGGCUACGGAGGAGGCUAUGGAGGUUACGGACACCACGGCCACGGCGGCCACGGCGGCCACGGCAUCGUUAAGCAUUAUUAAGUUAUGUAACAAAGACGAAUGCUAGUUAAUUGUGGCUUCAACUCGCCUUUAGUUAGUGUUAUUUUUCUUAUUGUUGGCACCGGUGCUUCGUCGCCAUUGUCGCUCACUCCUCGAUGGUCUCUCCUCGUACUAUGGCCCCCUUUUGUGCAAAGACUCACGUUCCUAAGCGCAUUUCCUUGUUUGGUGCUUCGAUGCUGCUCAACUUCGCUCAUUGUUUGCUUUCGUGUGUUCGCCAAAUAGUGUGUGUCGUGCUUGUUUUGAAUAAAAAAUGUCUUGUCGCUGUCGAA